UUGUGACAUUAAUUAAAAGAUAAUAAACUAAUUUAUUCUACGUGUUUUUAGUAGAAUAAUUAAUUUCGAGUGCAGUUCCGAGUGAUUUAUACCAAAUAUUUACAAUGGUUUGCGUUCCUUGCUUUAUCAUUCCAGUAUUGCUGUAUAUAUGGCACAAAUUUGUCCAACCUAUACUACUGAAAUAUUGGAACCCAUGGGAAAAGAAGGACGCUCAAGGAAAUGUGAUAAAAGCUGCUCCUGAAUUUCCUUUCGAGUGCAAAGGUGGCGUGUGCCCCUAUCCUGGUGCAAAGAAGAAGCCUGUUGAGGAAUCUGCGGCAACAGAAAAAGCAACUGUAAACGACAGCACUGACCAUACAAAGAAAGAGUAGUAAUCUGUGUUACUAUUUACUUUAGCCUAUUAUAAGUAUAUAUUAAGCAUAUUUUAAUUGAUGUGUGGUGGUUUGGGUACAAUGUUGUCAUUAGAUAUUUUGAUUAUUAACAUUCAAGAAAUGAUUAUGACUAUCAUUUGUAGAUAAAUGUAUUAGAUAAAUAAAUAAAAUGUGCACUGGGUGACAUGGGAAAGCUAUUUAUUCCAUUUGCAUUCUGUGCAAUAGCUUUCCUAUAUCACUAACUGCCUCGAUAUAAAUUUAAA